CAUGCACACGCGCACACGCACGCGCACACACACACACACCGGGUGUGGCUUGUGUGCACACAGUCCACGUGCGCUCCUAGGGGCCUAUGGGUGCACAGGUGCACGGACACACGCACACAGGCCUCACUCCUGCCUCUCUCUGCUCCAGAGUCACAUUGGUGCUACGCGGUUCAAGCCAAGGACUCUGAAAACUGCUUGGCGCCGGACCAGUGGGGUGGGCAAUGCCGGAAGGACCGCCAGUCCCCCAUCAACAUCGUCACCGCCAAGGCACGGGUGGACGAAAACCUGGGACCCUUCUCCUUCUCCGGCUACGACAAGAAGCAGAAGUGGACUCUGCAAAACAAUGGGCACUCAGUGAUGGUGUCGCUGGGGAACGAGGCCACAAUCGCGGGAGGAGGCCUGGCCUCCCCAUACCGGGCCAAGCAGCUGCACCUGCACUGGUCCAGGGUGCCGGAUGCAGGCUCAGAGCACAGCCUGGACGGGGAUCGCUUUGCCAUGGAGAUGCACAUCGUACAUGAGAAAGAGAACAAGAACGAGGCCCAGGACCCCAAAGACGAGAUUGCAGUGCUGGCCUUCCUGGUGGAGGCUGGAUCCAAGAACGAGGGCUUCCAGCCGCUGGUGGAGGCCUUGUCUGCUAUUCCCAGACCCAUGAUGAGCACCGCAAUGACCAAGAGCAUCAGCCUGUUUGACCUGCUCCCUAAGCAGGAGAAACUGAGGCACUACUACCGCUACCUGGGCUCGCUCACCACGCCGGGCUGCGAGGAGAAGGUUGUCUGGACUGUGUUUGCGGAGCCCAUUCAACUCGACAUGGACCAGAUCCUUGCAUUCUCUGAGAAGCUGUACUAUGACAACAACCAGAAACAGAAGAUGACGGACAACGUCAGGCCCCUGCAACCCCGGGGGCAGCGCCCGGUGUUCAGGUCCCAGGCCCCCGGCCGACUGCUGCCCUUGCCGCUGCCCGCUCUGCUGGCCCCCACACUCACCUGCCUGGCGGCUGGCUUCCUCUGAUGAUGGCUCACCUCGGGACACUUGACCUCUGCCCUCUGCCCUCAGAGGGCUUGGGGCUCCCUUCCUCUGCUUCCCAGGUUGGACUUGGAUGAUGAUUGAAAGAAAUACAGAUAUAUUUUUAGAGAAACCUUUCUCAGGUCUGUUUUGAGCUCCCACAACUACCCCGGCCCCGUUCCCCUCAACCUACCCCUGUUCCCGGGCAGGGACCUUAGGACCUGGACAUGCCUUCGGAGCAGGGACCGCGUGGGUGUGAACUCCCUGUCUGCACCCCACGUGGAGGGAUGCGAAGGCGCCUGGGAGCUCCCGCACAGUGAAAGCACAGAGGCCAGGCAGAGCCCACGGAGGCCCCAGCCAGCGCCCUCUCCUCUGUGCUGGGCGCGGUGGGCGACAAGAGUUCAUUUAUUUUCUGAAAUACUUCUUGAGUGUCUAUGUUCUGGACACUGGGGAUGUGGCAGGGAAUGAGACAGACGAAAACGCCUUCCCUCCUGGAGUUCCCAUCAAUAAAACAGACAUGUUGUA